AUAUGGGCAUAUGGGCGAACUCCUAGAAGGAAAUAAUGAUCAAAAUUAUCUACAUAUAAUAUUCAUAAAUUGUUACUCCGGUUGUCUUUUUGCCUGCCUGUAAAGUUGCCCUCUCUGCAACACGGGAUGCGUAAAUUCACUGCUUCUACACUUUCAUUCUCGUGUUUCUCUUUCCCCUAACUUCCCAAACCUUUUAUCACUGUCCAUCCAAGUUUCUCGUCAAGGGAAUUUUAGUUGUAGAAUCCGAGGAAACGUCAGAAACAGUACAACAUUUUUUCUGGGGUUGAUUGGAUGAAUUGUUUCCUUCACCAUACUUACAACCAACCAAACGGCUCCUUAUGAUUCCGUCUUCUGCCUCCUUCCACGAUGCUUUCUUGAUUUUAUUUUGUUUCUAGGCUUAUGUCGCAGUGAUUUUAGUGGUUCAGGGCCGUGUGAAUUGAAUUGGUACGUCUCAGCAGAGCCAAAGUAAUAUGGCGAGUCCAAACAGAGCCAGACAAGUUGGUGACACGACCUAUACCAAGAUCUUCGUUGGGGGAUUGGCUUGGGAGACCAAAAGAGACGCUCUGAAACACUAUUUUGGGCAGUUCGGAGAGAUAUUAGAGGCUGUUGUUAUAAACGACAGAAGCAGUGGAAAAUCAAAAGGCUAUGGCUUUGUAAUCUGGCUCUUCUACCCUUUCUUGGCAUAUUGUCCAAGUCUUCUCUCCCUUGCUUCAUUCACGCUCUUUUAUUGUUUGUUUCAGGUGACAUUCAAGAGCCCAGAUUCUGCAACGAGAGCUUGUCAGAAUCCCUAUCCUACGAUUGAUGGGAGGAGAGCUAAUUGUAAUCUUGCAGCUCAUGGUGCCCAAAGAUUCAAUCCAUAUGCAACAGUUGCAGGAAGGGAGAAAUUUAGUACAACUUAUUGGCCUACUGUUUCAGUUCCAUUUCAAGGAAUCUCCUCUUAUUACAAUCAGCACAUACCCCAGCAUGCAAUUCCUUAUCCUCCGUUCAGGUAUCCAGGAUACCCACCCACACAAGAAAUUUACGCGAUGAACUAUUAUAAUCACUAUGGAGGACAGCAGAUUCCAAUUCGUUGGCCUUCAGCGCAUUACCAGCCGUUUUAUGGCGUCGAACAGUUCGUUCCACCAACUUGUUUGAAAAAGGGGCAAUACCCUGAUCCUCCAUCUCAGGAACUGUUCACAGCCGCGGGCUUAUCACAGCCUAUCUCAGCUUCUCCUUCAAUACCCACCACAGGAUUGGUCCCAGGAACGGGAGGAGCAGAAAUCUUGUGCUGAAGCUCCGGAGGAGAUCACGGCAAUGGGGCUGAAAAGUUGGUGUUUUGAACAAGGUAGUAUGGACGGCCCAGAUUUUUCUUGUUAGUUCACCUGGGAUAUUCUUGAGCUUUGACUCAAUUCACAAUCUCAAUUGUUUUAAAAUAAAAAUCAUUAUUUAUAA